AUGUACUGGCCCAAUGGAGUACCUCGGGUCUAUGCGGUCAAUGGCCCUGCGAUUCCCUUCGUGCCGUCCGACGAUAAUGAAGAAUUAGAUUUGGAGCGCUCUGUAGAACAGAGACUGUCGCUGAAUGAGAAUGGGCCCAAGGAACCGUCCAAGGAGGAGGUUGCCUGGGCUGACGAGGCCAUUGACGGCCUCUGCGUCUCUCGGAGCGGUCAUAUGUUUGCGACUAUGACGGCUACUUCAAUAGCUGUGUGGCAAACAAGACCGACCGCUGUUGUCGCCGCUGUCGCCCGAUCCGCUUCGUCGCUUAGCACUUAUGGUCCGAAUGUAGCUUUGCUGAUGCACCCCGACUCGACGAUAAUCGUUGUUCAGACGCUUAAAGGAUACCUCCUCACCUAUACAGUUGCUACCGACCCACAUGGUUAUGUUUAUCAGCAACAUUUCGAUCACUCUACCCAAACCCGCCGGCAGCAGCUUGCCCGCGAGGAAGAUGCGAAUGGCGUCCGGGAUGCUAGUAUUCGCUUCAGGAUGGCUAUUAAGAUAGAGUCUGGAAUUGUGAAAGCUCUGGCGCUGGACAACGAGCUUGUGGUUGCUACCGUGAAACCCGCGGCAAUUCAAUGCAUUCGAUGGACACCUGAUGCGCAAGGCGCCCAAACUACCUCGGAAUUGCUAAGCCGCAUAUUGGGUGUCUCUAAGCGGACAUCUAUUACAGAGAUGGUGUAUGAUCGUGCUAUCAACCUCUUGGUCUGGGUAACAAAUGAAGGUCAGGCGUACGCAGUUCAACGCGUACCCGAGGGCUCGCGUGAUCCGGAGAAUCCAAAGAAGCUCUUCAACGGUCACUGCUUCCACAGUCCGAAGAAUGACGGCGAGAAAGCACUCAGGGUUGCCGUCAAUGCUCGGUUCUCGCUGCUUACUGUGAACUGCGCCAACGGUGACAUCUUCGUGUAUACUGCUAAAGACUACCUUGGAAAUGUCCCACUAUCUCAUAAACUGCAACUCCCGGCAUCGCCUCACACAACAGGCAAUUUAAGCUUCAUGUCCUACUCGCCGGAUGGCUACUGUCUCUUUGCAGGCUACGAACGUGGUUGGACAACAUGGAGCGUGUUCGGCAAGCCAGGAGGAAAUAGUUUCUCGACGGACAGGUCUCUUGCUGAAACCAAUGCCGAGGAUUGGCUAACAGGGGUCUCAUAUGGAUGCUGGAUAGGUGGAGGCUCAGAUAUCAUCUUGACCGCACAGAAUGAUCGUCGCCUAUGGAUUCUGGAGACGGCACGGAGCGCUUUGACAGGCUGCUUUUCAUCCGCGAAUCUGGCUAGAGGCUUAUUACAAACUGGAACCGAGAUCAUUCUGUACCGAGGGCAUGACUUACCCGACCUUAUGACUAUCUCGGGCAAGGACUCCCUCUGGCAUCAUGCGCAAUAUCCCCCGACCUACCUACACUCGCAGUGGCCAAUUCGUUCUAGUGUAGUGUCCCAGGAUGGGAGAUACGUAGCAAUCGCAGGUAGAAGAGGCUUAGCACACUACAGUGUCAACAGCGGGCGCUGGAAAGUCUUUGAGGACUCUAAAAUGGAGAACUCGUUCGCGGUCCGGGGUGGUAUGUGCUGGUACGGACAUAUCUUGAUCGCCGCCAUCGAAAGCGAUGGAUCAUACGAGCUGCGUUUGUACUCCCGAGAGCUGCCCCUGAAUAAUCAAUCGAUCUUGCACAUUGAAUACCUCCCUUCACCCGUGGUCUUCAUCGGCCCGUCGGGGGAGGACUCCAUCCUCGUUUACACAUAUGAUAACAUCCUAUAUCACUUCAUUAUAAAUUCUAUGCACGCUCGAAUCACACUUGUUCCAGUCGGCCAAAUUGCGUUUAAUGGCAUUGUGCGAGCGCCCACGCGAGUCCGGGCGAUCAGCUGGGUCUUGCCCGAAGAUCAAAUGCGUGAUGGCGACCCAUCUCAAGAUGUGAAAGUGGCAUCUGUUCUUCUUUUGGUCGACGGCAAUUUAGUUUUGUUACAGCCUUCUCAAUCGCCCACCGGAGAUUUGAAGUAUGACAUGCGGGUGGUAUCCCAUGAUGUCGAGUACUAUAUUCUGAUGCGUGACCAAUUGUCAUUCAACUUUGCUCCUCCCAUGGAGGAAUCCCUUCCGGCGAGCCCGUCCGCUGAAAUGGCUUUGAAUAUGCAUCAUCAUAACUUAUCAUUGAGAGACUCUCUGUGGACGUUUUGUGGCAAAGACCUUCUUGCUUGGGGUGAUGUGCAAGAUAUUCUGCGACGAGAAGAUGUCCCGAAAGCGAUUGAGAUACCCCUAGACUUUUAUCCUCUAUCCGUUUUGUUGAACAAGGGCAUUGCUUUGGGAGUCGAGUCAGAAAUGACCCAACGACGCGAUACCACUUUUGCUGUGCUGAAAUUUGCCAUUCGAAUAUGCCGGGCGCGCUGUCACUCUGUCAGCAUUUCUCCCAUCUUUCAUACUUCCCGCAUGCGCUGGAAAUCCUCCUUCACCACGUUUUGGACGACGAAGGACCUGUUUGAGCAGGCUCUCAGACUCGACUCUCUAAAGACAGCCGUCGGCUACCUUCUAGUGCUGCAGGCGUUUGAAGACGACGAUGGCUAUGAGGCACCCAUUGAAGACUAUGUCGUUCGACUGCUCGUGCUAGCCUCGCAAAAGGGCGACUGGGAGCUCUGCGCCGAGCUGGCAAGGUUCCUCAUUGCUCUCGACGGGUCAGGCGAGAUGCUCCGACGAGCUAUUGAGCGAACGGGUCUCCGAAACGGAGGCCUCCCGGGGGCCGGCCUAAACGGAUCCGGAACGAGCGUCAAAGGACUCGGUCUAGCAAUCACGCCAUCCUGGUCGCCACUCUCUGCCGCAUCAUCUGUCUCACCCCGUCAAAGCAUCUCUCGCCAGGAGAGCAACACAUCCCGGACCCAAGACAGAAUGGACAGCGUUGACGAGGUUUCCUGA